GGUAUUCUUGAAGUGGUUUGUUACUAAGUUUGGAACUAUUGUUAGCAAUCAUAUAUGCACACUCCUGAUUACUUCGAUAGAUCACUUUUUUGCCCUCAUUGAAAAAUUUCAUUCCAGUGUCGAAACUAGCUCUAAAUUUAUAAACACCCCAGAAGGUAUGCCGAAGAGCACAUAUUUUCUUUAUGGUCUGUAUGUUUCCUGUGAAAUAUGCAUAUCCAAACAACCAUGUCUUUCAAGCCUAAGUAGAGACCUCAUGGCCGACAUAUAAGAUAACUGAGUUUAAGCAUGAGCAAAGCGGUCAGAGUAAGUUUAGUAUUGUAGGUGUUGAAUCCGUGGAUUCAACACAAUCGCGAUUGUGUAUUUCAGAAGAGACUUUUUAGUAUUUUUCCCACUAGCUGUGGCACAAAUAAAAUAAAAAAUGACUCCCAUUGGAAGUGUGCCGGAAAAGUUCAUGAACUCUGGGAAACGUCCUUACCGAAACUCGGUUGAUUGGGUCAGCGCUUGUGACUGUGUCAUAAAAAUUGGGAACAUAUAAUCAGGACUACACACUAUCUCACUUUUAUUUGUUCCGUUGAGAUUCUCUAAAGAUAGUGCUUUCCUUUCGGGGAUUUAUUCCCCACUAGACCUAAUUUUCAAAUAGGAGGGUAUAAAUGUUAUAGCACUGUUUGCUAAAGACUAAUACGAUCCCUGGUCUUUUGACGCAUCAAUCUUUAGCAUUCAUCUAAAUACUAAAUAAUUCUUCAGAACAUGUCUGCGCCAUCAUCUUGACGUGCCAAAUGAAGCAAUUCGCCCCAUGAACCACUUCACUUCUUGUGGGGGUUCAGUCAGCCUCGAUAGGUUCCUGGCUAACAAUAUCCCAUCACGGAUUUAGUAGUCCGGUUGACUUGAAACCAACGUCCAUUACUUGCCAACAAAGUAUGCUAUACACCGGUUUAGUAUGCAUUGAUUUGUCUGUGAAAUAGCCCAUAAAUUUAAAAGUCAUAGGUAGGCAACAGGGUUUUAGUCGAGUAUUUAUGUGAAGCAUUGUUCACGCAUCGGAGAGGUUAUACGUAUGAUACUAAAUAGACACGGGAAGCCGACUGGUAAUAUCAAUAAUCCUCAAUAAAUGAUGUGGAUGUGUUUUACGCCCCUAUCACUUAGUUUGACACGUAAUGUUUGCUGGAGUAAGAGUAUUUUUGAAGAAAACUACGGGGAAAAACCAGACGAGCCAUGUGCCCAUAAAUUUAUGGGCUUCUGAAGCAAGUCGUUCACCUAGAUUUAGACUGUUUGAUUAGGGUCCGUAUGGUUAUCGUAACCAAUGGUUGGAGACGAGUGACAUUUCAAAAUCCGUUAUAAUGGUGUAGGUGUUUUCAUUUAUAUCUCUUAAAUCAUGUUUCAAAAUUAUCUUAUGCAUUUUAACUUGUGAAUUAAUUCAUUGUCGAUUCACAUCCUGGUUUCUUGGUCUUUUUUUACUACCGCUGAUCCUAUGACUUUGGUAUUGAUCUCGGUAAUUUUAUUUUACCGUGAUGUGCUGACUUGAGUUGAUUCACAUAUGUGCCAGGUUCUAUGUUGAUGAUGACUCAUUAACCUAAAUUUUAAUAUGGUAUAAGACUUCAUUGAAAGCUUCUAAGUCAAUGUUUCAUCAGUAGUAAUUAUAGUUUAGAUGAAUUCAAUAUGCGUACUAAACAUGCUGAAUAAGUUUAAACAUAUCCGGAUCAAUAAUACAAAUCACAAUGCAUAAUUAGUCGGUUUAGCUCAUUAUUAAAACUUAGCUCCGAAGAUAUAACACCAACAAAAUAUUUUUUAUGCAGUCUUAGCGGAUUAUAUAUUGGAUUAGAUUGGACUCUAGAAUCUCCUGUAAAAACUAUAAAUAUACUAACGUUUUUGUUAUUGUGCUUCUUACUUCUAUCUACCCUUGUUAUUGGGAAUAUAAUUCCGUUCCUGAUCAACCGUGUUCUGAACUGGAGACUUUUCGAGUGAAUUAGUGUCCAAGAAUACUAAGCAAUAGGAAUACCUGGGUCGUAAUAUGAGAAAUUGUAAAAUGGUCCUAAAUUUUAAUAAAGUUUUCAAACUAGUUUCCAGUCAAACUACUAAUAAUUGAGUGCUUGUUGAUACAACAUUUGGACUGAUCGUUGAUUAUGCGACAGAUCAAUACUCCUAAACUUACGCAAAAUUGAUAAUAUUUGACUACUGGCUUUCAUUUGUUUCCGAAAAGCAGAUUUUCGAAAAUGAUUAGAAAGAUUACGUUAGCCAAUAUUGGACUCAACAUCAGUUGAGUUUUUAAAAUCUUACAAAGUCAUCCGCAUCAUUAACUUGUUGCUCUGUGAAGUAAUGUCAGUAGUUAUUCUCAACGUGAAAUUUUGUUGAUGAAAAAGACCAGUGCUAGAAACACUUCGGUUUUCAUCUCGAAAAUCUGUAUCUUUUCAUUUUUCUACCCUGUGUUUGAAUUUUUAUGAACAUCAACAAACAGUGUUUUAAAUCACGUUCAAACAACUCAAUUUACUAGCUUCUUGGUGAUGACUGAAAGGGUAUACUAUCCCUGGGCAGGUAUGCACUUUUUUCUCCUAUAAUUUCUUAAGGUCGAUGUGAGAAGUUGUCUGUAUUUCUUGAACGUGCUCACCUCCGGAACUUCCACAAUGUCAUCAAGAAGAAAUUAAAAAUAAAUGACCCUGACGAUUUCGACCGGGUUAAACCUACUGACUUAGCUUGUCUUGGAAUGACAGAAAAUGAAAUCAAUCGACUUGUUAAUCAGCUAAUAGAAGAUGGGUUUUCGGUAAGGAAUCUGCUAUCGGAUGGAUAUACAGACUAUUCCUGUUCAUGGUCAGAUCUGAAACCUUAUUCUGCUGCUGAUUUUCAUCGAUCGAAACUGUUACGUAAACUGUUUAGAGGAAAGCAGUCCUACACUAGUGCUCCAGUAUCACCAGCUCAUAGACUGGAACAUCAAUGUAAAGAAGAGUUCCCCAUUCAACCUUCUUGUUGGAGCCAGCAUCAAGUAUCUUACCGUUCCACCAGUUUCUCUCAAAAUAGUCGUCAGAAUGUUGUUACUAACUCAGCUGCAUUUACAUGUCUUAUUCCUGAGAAGGAUAUCAAACUUCAUUCAAGAAUUGGAGUUGGUUCGUUUGGCAUAGUACGGCGUGGUGACUGGACUGUGCCGACGGGCGAAAUUAUUCCUGUGGCUGUGAAAUUAUUAAAACCAGAAGCAAUGAAAAGCGAUUUAUUCACAGGAUUCUUGUAUGAAAUUCGUGCGAUGCAAUGUCUUUCACAUCCUAGUUUAAUCCGUCUUUAUGGAAUUGUACUAUCUAAUCCAAUUAUGAUGGUAACUGAAUUAGCACCAUUAGGCAGUUUAUUAUUACAUUUAAGAGCUCAAUCUAUGUGUGCCAAUAAUAAUAAUUCUUAUAAAACAAAUGAAGUAAGAGCACAUUUCCCAUCUGUACCUCGUGCUCUUCAAAUUGAUGCAUUAUGGGAUAUGGCUAUUCAAAUUGUUCGUGGUAUGGCUUAUUUAACAUCUCAAGGACUAGUUCAUCGCGAUUUAGCAGCUAGAAAUAUUUUACUUUCAUCAAUUUCAAAAAAUGAAUAUCCUCAAAUUAAAAUAGCUGAUUUUGGUUUAGUUCGAUCGUUAGAAUCAUGUGCAGUGAAUAAGAAAAUAUUAAAUGAAGAUGAAUCAAAUGAACCAAUUUAUACUGGAUGUUUAGAACAGAAAAUUCCAUUUGCCUGGUCCGCUCCAGAAUCUUUGCAUAAACGAACCUUUUCUGAAGCAAGUGAUAUUUGGAGUCUAGGUGUUACAUUCUGGGAAAUGUGGACCGGUGGUGCAGAUCCUUGGUCGGGUCUCACUCCUGUGCGUUUGUUAGAGCUUUUAGAUUCUGGUCGUAGGUUGGUUUGGCCCCGGUUUACCUGUCCACGUCGUUUAUACCAGAUAAUGUUAGCUUGUUGGAGAGCUGAACCGUAUCGUCGACCGACUUUUUCCUACCUCGCCAAAAGAUUAGAUCAGAUUCGUCCAACUAUCGUCAUAGCAACUCAAAACCUUGAUGAAGCUGAUCGUUUAGGCUUAGAAGCAGGUGAUAUUGUUAUUAUUAUUGACGGAAAACCCCGUGAAUUUUGGUGGCGUGGUCAAAAUAGACGAACUGGUGAAAUAGGCUCAUUUCCAUAUGGUAUUGUUCAACUUUGUAAUAACACUACACAGACAUUUGAUGAUAUAAAUCAAUCAUCGCUUCGUGAUUCUUUGUUACAUAAUGAACAAAUUAAUAAAAAUCAAACAGAAUCGAGUUUACUACAAUACAACAUAUCGCAUACAUAUUGUGACCGGUCUCCUACUCCUACUGAUGAAAAAUGUAAUAAAAUAAAAACUAAAAACCUAUUCAAUUGUUCAGAUCACAAUCUCUUACCAUUUGAUGAUAAUUCAUUAUUAAUUGGAACCUCUACAUCUAAUGAUAUAGAAAAUGAAUCAGUAUGUCGUACUAUGGAUUCGUAUUCUUCGUCUUAUGGAUGUCUGUUUACUAACUUAUCACUUUCAGAUGCACCAAAUCUGGAUAAAUAUGAUGAUGAUGAUAAUAAUAAUAACAAUAAUGAAGGAGAGGAAGAUGAGCGAAAAAUUCUUGAUAAAACACCUAAUUCCACUGUAGGAUUAAAUGCUUAUAAUGUGCAAUUACGAAAAUGUCCCAAAUCUGAGUUAAUAAACAGUCAUAGAAAGUCAGUUGCCAAUUAUGUUGCAAAUGGCUACAGUGACCAUGAAGUUUGUAUUUAUAACCCCAUAACAAUGUUGCCACCACCUCCUGGACCGGAAGAACAUGAGACUGUCAUCUGCAAAGAUGACAUUAACAACAAAAAGUUUUCUGAUACUUCUGUACAAUUUACAAAAUUUAAAGAUAAUGUCGAACAUUUACCUGAUAAAGAUAAUAAUCUUAAUAAAUCUGAAUUUAGUACAAUGAGUAAUAGUCAUCAGGUUGAAAAACACAAUACAUCAUCAAUUUCUGAAAGUAUAACUCCUUCGAAAAAACAUUCGUUUUCGCUUGACAAUUUAUUAGAUGAAGUUGCUUCUAUCAGUGCCAAAGAUUUUGAUUGCCAACCAUCAGCCCCACCUUUAAUUGAUCUUUACAGUCCUGUACCUGAUCCGCCGGCAUUUAUCCCCAGAUAUCGUAUUACGGUUCCUACCGCCCCGAUUUACAUUCCAUCGAUCAUUAAACCUACUCCUAAUUCUUCUGUAUUUAUUCCUAGAACUGUAUCCCCGUCUACUAUCAAUUAUUCAUUAAAUCCAUUUUUACAAAUGAAUUAUAAUGUUUCAUCACAGCUCAAUUAUAACACUCAAAAUCGAUAUUGUUAUGAUCCUUUUCAUCCUCAAGUUAACAUGCAAAGAUCAUACUGUACAUCUUUCCCUUUUCCUUCUUCAUUCAAUUUUAGUGUUAAUCAAUCAACAAAGCAAACAAAUUCAGUUAAUUUUUCUGAUAAUCCUUUUAAUUUUAAUAAUUUAAAUAUUCAACAACAUUCCCAGUGCGUCGAUAAAAUUGAUAUCACUGUUAAUAAUCUAAACCAUAAAACCAAAUUAGACAUUUUAGAUAUGGUGUUCGAUAAUAACAAGGAUAAUAAUAAUAUCUCACAUCAAACACCGACUGUUAGUAGUCCAGUAUUUUCAACUAAACAAAAUGUUCAUCAUUGCACUACUAGAUUAGAAAAUGAAUUACUUGUUAGAUCAUGUCCUCCUACUAACUCAUCAGAAGCUAUGAAUUUAAAUCCUAGCUUUUUCAAUUCGACAAAUGAUAAAUUCACUAGUUCUGUUACGGUUUCUGUCUCAGAAAAUGAUAUAACUUCAGGUGUAAAUCCUCAGCAUCAAGUGAAUGGAAAUCAACAUGACCUUUUUAAUUGUUCAGAUAAUUUUAAUGAUGAAAUUUCACUUGUUCGUUCCCAUGUUCCUGAAUGCACUUUAUUUGAAGCUCAUUGGGCAUUAUUACAUGUAAUGAAUCCAUUUUCUCCAGUCAUAUCUCAAUUAGUUGUACCUCCAAUUCCAUGCACUGCACCUAUAGAAACUUGGCGGACCAAACUAGACAGAACUAGUGCUUGGCGUGUACAAUUAGCCAUUCGCCUUUUAUCUGUUUGUCGUCUUUAUCAAUUAGGCUUAAUCAAUUGGGAUUCAUGUUGUCAAAUUAUUAGUGCAUUCAAUUGGAAAUUGGAACCUGCAGCUGAUUGGAUUCUUGAUCAUAUGACCCCUAAUUGUUUUAUUUAAUUGAUUUCUAGAGUUAUUAUUGUUAUUAUUAUUAUUAAUUUUAAUCAUUGACCUUUGCAAAAAACAAUUAUCUUGUUGAUUUUUAAUUUGAAAUUCUCUUUAUCAGUUACGUCAUUUUCAGAUUUCAUUCAUCCUUAUUUGUUAAGGUGUAUCUUACUCAUUUGUACUUUACUACGUGCUAAUCUUUUUGUUGAAAAUUACUGACAUCCAUCUUAUCAUUUCUAAUGAUUUUGUUGCUUUAUAACAUGAACUACUUAAUUGUCUAGCAAAUAGUAUAUAUUUGUUUUGUCAAUAUUUCUUAUUCACAGUUGGACUGUGUGAAAUGAUUGUGCGGUAUAUCGUUUAAUCCUAUUACGAUCACCUUAAUUUAAUUAAUUUCGAAGGUUGAUAAAAUGUCAUUGUUCAGGGAAACUUCGAAGAUUAUUAUCUUAUCGAAUUGGUUGGGUUUGUCCUUUUCCACAAAUGAUCGGUAUAUGUGUUUACAUAGUGCCUCAAUUUACAAAACAGAAAAAAGAAAACAUGUAAAAUCAGUUCUAUGUUGCAUAUAAUUGUGAUAAAUAUUAUGUGUAGUCAAUGCUUUUGCUAUUACGUAACUCAUUUCCACUUCUUAUUUGUUAUUACAAACCUGUUUGUAAGUUUUCAUGAUAUAUCUUAUAUCAUGGUAACAUGUUAAACCAUAUCGUUAAUUAUCGAACUGUUGUUCUUAUUGUUGCUACUAUCUAAUUUUUAUGGACUCGUUUUUCACGUACACAAGUACCGAUACUUAAUUAUCUUCAUUUAAAUAUACCCCUGACUGUCGUGUGUAAUUCUAGUCACUUUGUGUGUGUAUGUGUGUUUAUUAAACGGUUGUAUAAUUGCUACUAACUGUCAAUUCAUCUAAUUUUAGUGGUAAGCAUCUAAACAAAUAUAAUGGAGAUAUUAACCAUC